AUGGCACAGGCGGUUCCACAGUGUCUCCUCCAGUUGCUGGAGGACUACACGUUGCAGGCACUCGACGCCGCGCAGGACGUCUCUGACGAGUUUGAGGAGGAGUUGGUGGAGCUGACAAGUCGCGCCCAACGCAUUGAGACCGUUUUGCAGCUCGCUCGCGAGUGCGAGCGGAGUCGCUCUGUGCCAGUCUCUCCAGUGGCAUCAGAAACAAUUUUUCGGAACUCGUCUGCAGCGCUCACGCAAUUCACCCUGCAGGCGUUGGGGCAGAUGUCACAAGAGCUCACUGGGGUUCCGGAUAUCCGUGCAGCGACACCUGAUGUUAAGCUCCCCCCGUUUGGGCUGCAUCCAAUUUGCAGGCCCGUUUCGCUGGCGGAGGCGGCGCUCGAACUGUUUGCUCGCAACACAAGAGUUGUUUCCAGGCGUGUGGGGAAGCGCGAACGCGACGCCGACGCCGCGCGAAGGGAACCCCAGCAGGAGGUAGCCGUAAAGGGAAGUGUCUUCUCAAGUCUUGCGGAGAAGCAGCGAGAAGGACGAUUGGCGCUGUAUACCGCGCGAACCGCUCUGUUUCCUCGCACGGUCCCUUUGCCCACACUAUCGAUUAAAGGCGGUGAGGAGACGCUUCCGUCGUUUGUACCCCCAGCUGUGAGAGAUUUUGCUGCGCUCAACGUGGAGGCCGAGUGCGAGAUGCUGUCAGCUUUUUAUCGCGUGGACGCAAAGGCCCAGCUGCUUCGGGAACUACCUACUCUUCGAAGUUCAAUCAAGCACCUUCAAGACUCCUUGCAUGCUGCCGGCGUGUCGCUUCACUGUCAGUGUGACGAAAUGCAUGAAGGAGGAACGCAACCAUGGCUUGAAUUUCCUUCUGUUUCUGAGGGCGUGAUUAGAAUAUCGGUUAGGCAAUCCCUGCUACUGGAUGUCACAUUCGACUCCGUGCAAGGCGGGCAAUGGCGCGUUUUGUCUUUACAUUGGCUCUUGCGUGCUCAGACACUGCCGGCGAUCUUACAGAAGCAAACUUCGUCACUGUGUGUGUGUAGUGGCGAGGAUGAUAUGCAGCUCUUAUCACACGGGGGAGCUCUGCGUGUACAACCAGCGCACAAUGAGGCCACUGUACGCUACCUCACCAACUGUCUUGAAACCGGGUUGGAGAGUGGGUGUAUGGGGGCUCUUCGUGUUGUGAAUGCUGUGGUGAUGGAAGUGGUUCAAGCACAAUGUAAGGCGUUGAGGGAGAAGUUUUUUGUGGGCCCGCUUGUGUCGUCGUUUAUGCUGGAUGUUCGUCCAGGAACACAUGUGGCUUUUAAACUGGAGCUGCCUCCCACGAUGGGGUCGGCACAGGGCGGUGCGCUGCAUGUGAAGUACAAGCUCUACAUGGGUACGAUUGUUGUGGAACGGAGACAGGGAACAGAUGCCCGAAUGACGCAGCAGUCCGACCUCUACGCUGACUCGUUGGUGCGAUUGAAACCCUUUCCCGUUGUAGUUGUGGACGUGGAGUCUCUUGUGUGGCAGCUUGUUUCUGUGUAG